AGUUUACGACGGGAAUAGAGAUAGUAACGUGAAAGCAAUGGAGAAUGGGAAGAACCGCCUGCAGCAGGCCCAGAAGGAGGUGGAAGAGGUGAAGGUGAUCAUGCUAGAUAAUCUCAACAAGGCUGACGAGAGGUCAGGCAAGCUGGGAGAACUGGAGAACAGGGCCGAUGAACUUCUGGAGAAGAGUAAGGCUUUCUCAAAGUCUGCUGGAAGAGUUAAACAACAGAAGUGGUGGGAACACAUGAAAAUGAAAGUGUUGCUGUCCGGUAUAGGGUUUGUCGUGGCAGCCAUCAUCAUUGGGAUUGUUGUAUGGAAAGCGUUUGAACCUGACGACCGCAGCUCAAACAGCUCCACUGCUGUAGAGCAGCCCACCUCAGGGCCUUAGGACCAUAGACUGUCUGUCAGAGCAAAGGACAUGGAGGAAAUGAAGAUGGAAGAUGGAGAUGGAGACAGGGGCAAUCGAGGCCUCCCCGGAAAUAAGGAGUCAAUCAGACAAGAAUAGUGCAUGUAGAUGAAUAUAUAGGUUUAUUAACCUGGUCCCAGAUUUGGGACCAAACAUUUGGCAUGACAUUGAGCGACAAGGAGUUGGUAUAAUGAUAGCACAAACAUGCUUUCCACCUGAGCUCAAUAUACGUUUUGUGGGUUGACUUUUCUUAACUUUUUAAUCUGUGAUAUUGUUUAUUUUUAGAAGCAUUUUAGGCUCCGUGCUCAGUGUGUAGAUCGUUGAAUGAAAUGGUACCAUCACUAGCUCAGCUGCUUCCCAAUUCAGUAUCGUCUUCAACUGGCCGUAGUAGUUGGUCAGGCUCACUAGUUUAACAUUCAUACUCAGAAAUGCUUCAGCCUUACCAUAGGAUUUGGUAUAUGUGAAUGUUUGGUCAG